CACAAAUGGAGGGAGAUACCAACGUUCUCACUUCUCAGAAAUCCUGAAUCCCAAAUCGCAAAUUUGUAAUUGCCCCUCUUCCCGCUGCCCUACAACACUCCGGCCUCCCGCGCCACCGCGAUUUCGCCCUCUGCUGGGCUGUAUACGCUAGCCACAGACACCCAGCCCCCCUGCCACACGACAUCGGCUACGGACCUACCCCUCCCGGCUCCGUCAUUGUGUUCAUGUAGAAAUUGAGCCAUUAGAGGUAAAUUGGUCACGCUCGUGCUCUGAUUGAAUGGGGUUUUAUCUAUUAAGCUUGAUUUAUACCCAUCUUAUUUUAAGGUAUUUAUUGCUGCAACCGGAAAUUGAGAGUUAUUGCCAUUCUGCUACACUGGUCCAAUAAAUAGUCGAAUUAAGAGUUCCGAAGCCGCUCUCUAGAGUCAUGUUGAGAUUAAAACCAAUUUUAUGUGAUUUUCAGAAGCUUCACAUAUUCCCCAAAGUUUAUAUGGCUUCAUGUUAUCCGUGUGGUGUUUAUGGAAGUAUUCAUAAUAAUGCUAUUGACCCUCCUGAGAUGGAAUCUGAGACUGAAUGGGAGAGAUUGCUUAAACCUUUUGACCUGGAGGAGCUCCGGAAGUCGUUCACAAGCAUCACUCCAUUUCAGCUGAAUAAAUUGCUGCAGCUCCCGUUGGAGGUGCCCACAUCAAUGGAGUUGUUUGAGUGGGCUGGUAGCCAGAAGGGCUAUCGUCAUACGUUUGACGUGUACUAUACUCUCGUUGAUAAAAUUGGGACCGUGAACGACUUUAAGACCGUUGAUAGAUUGUUAUUGCGGAUGAAGAAAGAAGAGGUGUCAUUUCAAGAGUCCAUUUUCAUUAUGAUCAUGAGACAUUAUGGAAGAGCUGGUCUGCCCGGUCAAUCGACCAGGUUGCUCUUUGAUAUGAGGAAUUUGUUCUGUUAUGAACCCACAUUCAAAUCUUAUAACGCCGUCUUGGAUGUUCUGUUGGCAGGUAAUUGUCCCAAAAUUGCCCCCAAUGUCAUUUAUGAUAUGCUGAGCCGGGGUAUCUCUCCUACUGUGUUUACGUUUGCUAGAGUGAUGCAAGCGCUUUGUAUGGUGAAUGAAGUUGACUCUGCAUGCUCCCUUCUCAGGGACAUGACAAAGCAUGGGUGUGUACCAAACUCAGUAGUGUAUCAGACAUUAAUACAUGCGUCGUCUGUUAAUAAUAGAAUUGAUGAUGCUUUGAAGUUGUUGGAAGAGAUGUUUCUUAUGGGCUGUACACCCGAUGUAAAUACAUUUAAUGAUGUCAUAAUUGCCCUUUGCCGUGCUCUUCGUGUUCACGAGGCUGCUAAACUAGUUGAUCGGAUGCUUAUCCGGGGGUUUUCCCCUGAUAAAAUAACUUGUGGUGUUUUAUUGCAAGGGUUGUGCAAAACAGGCCGAGUGGAUGAAGCCAGGGUGCUGUUGAAGAAAGUGCCAAAUCCUAAUGUUAUCCUAUACAAUACGUUGAUUAAUGGGUAUGUCAUGAAUGAUCGUUUUGAAGAAGCAAAAGCUUUAUUCGACGAGAAUAUGGUUACUGCUGGUUUACAUCCAGAUAUCUAUACUUACAACAUUCUUAUUCAAGGGCUUUCCAAGAAGGGUUUAUUAUUCUCCGCUCAUCAAUUAGUCGAAGAGAUGUCGCUCAAGGGUUUCGAGCCAAAUUUGAUAACUUAUACCACUCUAAUUGAUGGUUUCUGCAAGAAAGGUCUCUUGAGGGAAGCUGAAGAUAUUAUGGACGAGAUGUCACGUAAGGGCCUUUCCCUAAACACAGUUGGAUAUAAUUGUCUAAUCUCUGCGUUAUGUAGGGACGGACGAGUAGAAGAGGCAUUUGAGCUGUACCAUGGCAUGCUGAGCAGAGGAUGUAAAGCUGAUAUUUUUACAUUCAAUUCUUUAAUAUACGGGCUAACUAAGAUUGACAAGAUGGAAGAGGCUCUAUGUGUUUAUAGGGAUAUGUUCCUAGAUAGCGUCAUAGCUAAUACCGUAACCUACAAUAUACUGAUUCAUGCUUUCUUGAGGAAGAGAGCUCUGCAAGAAGCGUUUAAGCUUGUAAAUGAUAUGUUGUUCCGAGGAUGUGCUCUAGAUGAGUUCACGUAUUCUAGCCUCAUUAAAGCACUUUGUGAAGAUGGGGCUGUUGAUAAAGCUAUGGGCCUCUUUGAAGAAAUGUUGAGAAAGGGAGUCACUGCAAGUAGCUUAUCUUGCAAUAUACUGAUAAGUAGUUUAUGCAGAGCUGGUAAGAUACAGAAUGCAUUCGACGUCCUUAGAGAGAUGGUUUACAGUGGACUGAAACCCGACAUAGUCACAUAUAACACUCUGAUAAGUGGUUUGUGCAAGAUGCGUCGGAUUAAAGAAGCUUAUAAGUUGUUUGAAAAUUUGGAAAGUAAGGGUGUCUGGCCGGAUGCCGUCACUUAUAAUAUCUUGAUAGGUUCUUACUGUAAAGAAGGCUUGUUUUGGGACGCUUGUGCUCUCUUAGAUCUAGGAGUUGCCCGUGGGUUGACACCAGAUAUUGUCACAUGGCGAAUUCUAGUUUCUAAUUUGUUCAGAAGAGUACUCAGAAGAAAUGACCAUUCAUCUCAAUUCAGUUGAGCGUGAAGUUUUAGAUUUGGAAACGCCAUGUAGGUUAUGUGAGAUGGGUCUUUAUCUCAGAUAAUUUCGAUAACUUCUGCCUAAGUAUCUGAACCGCUGGUAAUUUUGUCUCCUUAAAUUUUGUUCUAAUAAGUUGCAAUCGCGCUAUGGGACCUGUCCUGACCAGUAGUUGUGCAUCAGUGCAUGUGACCAGGGUCUUGUUGAUUCUGAUUUCUGACACCUUGGCGCUUAAGGUAUUAAGAGAAACGUUACAACACCACAACAUCUUGAAAAUGAUUAAGAAGAAACACAUCCGCAAGGUCCUUGAUAUGAUCUGCAAACUUGCUUAAGAGGGCCUUGAUAAAUCUAGCGACACAGACAAGAAAGAAAUCGAAGAAUCCAGUGACAGCAAUAAAAAAGAAUGGCGAGUAUGCAAAAUUCUGGAAUGAGUUUGAUUUAUUGUAUGAUGAGGCAUUGAGGAAGGCCAUGAGCAGGCUGAGAUGAUCCUGUAGGACAAGAAAGAAACCUUGACCUGCAAUCAGAUGGAGUUCAGGAAGUAUUCAAUUGAAGGGAUUUCAUGUGGUGGUGAGGUGACUCAGGUUGAUCUAGCAGCUUCUAGAAGGAUGAACAUUUGAUGUGGAGAGGCAUAGAUUUAGUUUGGAUGGCUCUAAUUCGUAUGCGAGGAGCGUUGAGCGUUUGAUCUAUUCACGGCGGAUGGCAUCAUAGAGAAGGGAUGCUUAGGUUGCAAUGAGGGUGAUGGUGGAAAUGGUAGGAUUUCGAGGAUCUUGAUCUAUGAGAAGGAGCGCAUGAUCAAGGGGUUUAACUUCAGAGAUGGGGAGAUCGAUGGGCAAGAUGUCGAUUCAUAGGUGUAAAUAAUGUGGUGGGUGGGAGAUGUUGAUGUUUUUUAGUUUUUAAGGUGAUGGCUCUUUGCUACAUGGAGAUUCCAGUUGAAGGGAAAACAGCACACGAAGCUGAGUCGCCCUAGAAGGGGUGCUUUCUAUUGCAACUAGAGAGUUUGGGUUUCAGGUUUUGUCAAAGAAUACAAUCUGCUACGGUUGUUGUCUUGUUGAAGAAGUUGAUCAUACCUCUAGCAUGGAGGUGAUGAGAGGUAUAUACAAUGCUGCAUUAGUUUGUCUUUGUGUGUGUAUGUAUCGCAUUGUAUGUAGAGAGAGUAUAAGCUUUUGUAUCUAUUUGAGUAUAACCAUCCAACCACACCAUUUUUUAUAAUUUAUGAAUGACCACCUAA